ACUCGUUACUCCCUCUUCCUCUUCGUCGUCUCCGUUAGCGAAACCCUAAUCGAUUCUCUCGGCCACCUCAAACCCCUCCUCUCUCUCCGGCGGCGGCGGCGGCAGCGGCGGAGGGAGCUCCGACCGCGGCGGAGCCAUGGCGGGGGAGCGCGGGGAGGAGGGCGGGGAGGAGGGCGAUCCCAAUCUUAAGAAGAGGGCACACGCGGCGAGAUCUCGCCUCAUCGUACGCCUUGGCGCGUUCCUCGUCUCCCACAGCGCGCUUGUUAGUGUGGUGUGCUGUGUCGCGGGGUUUAUCACUCUCUUCCUCCUCCCUGUCCUUGCGAAGCAUACGUAUAUCUCCGAGAACGCUCUCAUGCCAGGUUCGGCAAAUCCGUUGUUUUCUUCUCAGGAUGUCAAUGAAGCUAACAGAUUUAUUAAGGGUAUAAUUCACAAGAGAAUCGAGAAAGAAGAGGCAGGCAUAGAAUUGCAGAAAUUCAUAGGCCAAAGUAUAGCUGAUGUGGGAGCCGAAGUCCAUUACCACAAGUUCUCGCCUCACACCAAUCAUUUUAAUCCGCUGCAUUUUUUCUCUUCCACAUCAAAUACUGCAAGAAUCGACACAAACAACAGCUGCGCGUCCUUUGGUGUGAAUACUGUUGGCAUUAUUAGAGCUCCUCGUGGUGAUGGAAAAGAGGCAAUUGUAUUGGUGAGUCCUUACAAUUCACAAAAUAUGGAAUAUAAUGAAGCUUUAUCACUUGGCCUUGCUUUCUCCGUCUUCUCCCUCCUUAGCAAAGUUACAUGGCUCGCAAAGGAUAUAGUGUGGCUAGCAGCUGAUUCACGCUUUGGAGAGUACAAUUCCGUGUCCUCUUGGUUAAAUGACUACCAUAAUCCUAUCUUUUCACGUGAUUCAGGGAAUUUAGAUAGCAUUAGCAACGAUUGUCAUCACUGGAAUGAAAUUAGAAUACAAGGGGCAAAUUCUAAUUUUUUCAAACGAGCUGGAACUAUGGCUGCCGCACUUGUAUUCAAGGUAAUGGAAAAGAAGGAAAAGGGAGACAGAGAUUGCCUUACUAUGUAUGCAGAGGCAUCUAAUGGUCAAAUGCCAAACUUAGACCUUCUCAACAUUGUCCAUUAUUUGGCGGUUCAUAGACAAGGUUUACGUGUGAAAAUUGAGACGAUGGGUUCUUUACUAAACUCUGCAUGGGUUAAGUUUACUGGUGAAAUACUUGAAGGAGUUAGCAGAUUGUCUAAAAGCUUAAAUCCACAAUGGAAAUUUGAUGUCACAACUGCUGAUUAUGUUGAGGGAGCUGCUACACUUGCGAGCUCUAUGUAUUAUCAGGCGCUUGGAGUUCCCACCGGGUCGCAUGGUGCUUUUCGCGACUACCAAAUUGAUGCAGUUACUCUAGAAUUUUUGCCGAGAUUUUAUCUGAGAAAUGAGAAUGCUCAAUCUACGUUUCUUUUGAGGAGUGGGAGGUUAAUUGAAGGAGUCGUGCGAUCAGUGAACAAUCUCCUCGAGAAGUUCCACCAAUCCUUUUUCCUAUACUUCUUAACAGCUCCCAACAAAUUUGUCUCGGUUGGCGUAUAUAUGAUUGCAUUUGCACUGCUUGUAGCACCUCUUCCGAUAGUUGCUGCUGCACUCUUUGCUCGUGCAAAAGCCAAUGAAAUUACAACAGAUGAUUGUGCCGAAAAAUGCACUCCUAUUGACACCAAGGAGUCGGAGAUUGCUACUGGGUCGUGGAAAUGGCUUCAAGCUGCAAAAGUGCUUCUAAUGAUCCACUCAUGGGCCGUGAUCGUCUCACUGCUACCUUAUUACAUCUCUCACAUGAUCAACUUGAACUCGACAAUGAGCAUGCUGACUUGGGUUUCUCUCUCCAUCUCCACUCUGCCCUUUCUCUACGCACUUUUUGGUUCCCCAUUCUCUCUCAACGUUGAAUGGGAGCUUCUGAAGGCUGUCAUGGUCGCUACUAUUUCUAUCGGUUUGGGCCUCAUGUCUAUCAUCAAUUUCUCCACUGCUCAGAUUGGCGCGAUGCUGCUUGUUCCUAUGAGCUUAUUAGUCCAUCCAUUGAAGGCUAAAAUGAACGUAAACGCGCUUCUUCGAGCAGCACUUUUGACUUGUAACAUAGCUUUCGCCUUUCUGGGUUUCCCUCCGGUUGCAUUGCUCGUAGCGAAAGGUUUGUCCGAGGGAUUCGGAAAGUUAUCCAUUGGAGACUUUUGGGAGUGGAUGGAGUUCCUUUGGGAAUGGAACAGCGCGACUUACCUCUACUUACUUUGGGUUCAGCUCCCCUGUUGGCUUCUAUGCAUUCAUAUUCUACUGCAUCCUUGUAGUCGAGGCGACUCGAGACAUAAACAGUAGAUAGUUUCAAUUCUCGCAGCGGUUAUUAUGGAAAUGUUUUAGUUGGAUAAGAAUGUUUUAUUAUGUUAACCAGGUUGUAACACACUUUUCGGGGUUGCACUUUUUUAAAACACAUUUGCAUUUUGCGCGAGUCAAAUGUAAAUGGAAACUGAUCGAGUACGAAAAAAAUUGUAACACUGCAGAAUUUUGGGUUGAUUUAUAUUUGCUUUUUACAUUUGACAUA